AGGUUCCACAAACUUUGUUUCUGAUGCCGUUAUUUUGGAAACUGCUAUUAACCCAUUUGUUCAAGGAUCUUCUGUAUCGCAUAUGGAUUUUGCAACUUAUCUAAAUACAAGUGAUUUCUUAAUGAUGUAUAAAGCGGUAGUAGGAAAAACCAUCGAGGAAUUAAUUAAGGAUGGAGGGAAUUAUCCUGGUGGGGUUAUUGGUCCAAAACUUAAAUUAAUGUUGGAAACUAUAGGGUAUACUACAGAAGACAAUCCGAAUCCAUACAAGCCAAAGCCAUUCAAAGAAGAAAAAGCAAUAUCUUCCGCUAUAAAUCGAAGAUUUUCUUUCG